AUGUCAAGAUUGGAACUAGAAAUUUUAGAGUUCAUUCGUCCAGAAGGAAAUAAUAAGAAUUUAUAUAUUACCGGUAUACCAUGGAUGGAAGAAGCUGAGAUAAUAGAUAAGUUCUAUCAGCUCUUUACAGUCUUUGGCCCUGUAUAUGGUAUACGUCUAUGUCCAGCUAGCAUAAAAAUAUCCCGACCCGUGUCUGAGCCAGACACUCCACCUUUCAAUAGUCAAAAGAGGGAGGCACCGGCUGACAGUGACAAAGAAAAAUCAACACCCCCUGAUUAUAACAAAGAACAAAAUGGGUACUAUGCUUUUGUGACAUUUUAUCUGGCAAUGAGUGCUAAACGAGCAAAGGAUGAUUUAAAUUGCCGUCUUGUUAUUCAAGGGAAUGAAUGUAAGAUUUCCACAGCUAAGAGAAAGAAGGAGAUGAUUCGAGCAUCUUUACACUUUACUAAGUGUCAGGAACUGGCAAACCACUACAUAGGCUUCAACGGAUGGUCUACUUCAGUCAAACUGCUUGAUAGUGACUCAGAGGAGCAAGAUGGUGACUUGAAAAGGUUGAGGUUUAUGUGUGUAGUAACACUCGACAUUCCUGUACAUGGUUUAAGUACAGCUGGUCUCGGGGCUUGGGAAGAGGCUUGUCUCACUACAGAUCCCACAAGCAGGGCCAAGGCAGUCUGUAAGGCUAAGAAACUAUCCUACCAGAGAGCUGUGGAAGAUGCUUUCUCCAGGGUCCUUCUUAUUGUUCUGAACAAUGGCAAAGUUUCUGUAGAGAUAGAUACCACUAGACCAGAUGCCUUGCUGGCCCAAAAACAAGCCAAUGCAGAAUCUGUUUUAAAGGUUAAUGAAUUAGACGAGGAACCAAAGGAAGAACAAGACAAUAUAUCUUUUGAUAUGGACAAUAUUGAUGACAUCAACCUUCAUAUUCUUCAUCAGUUGGAAGACGAGAUGUAA